GUCGGCUCUUCAAUAUGGACCUGCUGGGAAGAGCUGCUGGUGAUGACGCUCUCCGGGGGACUUUGUCGCACCCAUGGUUACGCACCACCAAUCAGAUCCUGGCCGGGAUUUGGAUUUCCCUCUGCAUAGUCUUACUCGUCAUGCGAAUAUACACCAAGAUCCACAUCAUGCGAAAGUUCUGGUGGGAUGAUGUCUGCUUAAUUCUCGCUUGGAUCUUUUCCAUUGGCACGCAAUCUGUCAUUCUCUACGGUUACACUUAUGGAGGCUAUGGAGUCCAUAUCGAGUACCUGUCUCCCGCGGUUCUCGAAAUCUACGUGAAAACUCUCCUUUCUGCCGCCAUCAUCUACGUCCCUGCCCUAGCUGCGGCCAAAUUCGCUCUGCUGAUGCUCUACUAUCGCCUGUUGCACAUGAUUCGCAUCUGGAGAAACAUCAUUUUCCUCGUUACCUUCAUCAUUGCCGGCUACACGAUCGCCCUCACCUUGGGUCUCAUCUUCCCUUGCCAACCCAUCGCCAAAAACUGGGACUUGACCAUCACUACCGGCCACUGCGUUAACCGCGUCGGAUUUUAUCUCGCUACGGCCAUUACUAACACCGUUAGCGAUAUCAUAUUGAUUCUAAUCCCUAUCCCAGUCAUAGUCAAGCUGAAACUUCCAUUGAUUCAGAAGCUUGGGGUCGGCUGUAUGUUUGGGAUUGGUUGCUUAACUAUAAUCACCAGCAUAAUCCGGCUGGUGACUCUAAUGCCGCUGGUAACGUCCGAUGACCAGUCAUACGAGAUUGCUCUAGCCGUCAUCUUCAUCAUCAUCGAAGCCAACUUCAUCAUUAUCUGCCCCUGCCUUCCCUAUCUGAAACAGUUCCUGCGCUUCCAUGCGCCUUGCUGGAUUGGUGACUCCGGCAGCAACAGCAGUCAGUCGCGACCGUCGGCCUCUUCCAAUUCUAACUCUACUCCGUCGAGUAAUAGACGCAAACCGGGGUUGAGCGUGUUGCAGGAUGAUAUUGAACAGGCGCUAAGUCCACCGAUGGAAGCGCAUUGUGCCUGUAUGGUGGGUGCACGACAGGGGAGUUCUACUAGUGAUGAGUCAAGAGAGCUGAUUGGGGAGCGGAAGUAGUG